AUGCUGCGGUGCCACGUUGUCGCCGCCCGCAUCCCCGGGGCCACCGGCUUCGGUCCCGGCGUCCUGCUGUCCGUCUCCUUCCGAGGUGUCCCCAGGAGAACCCAGGUGGUGCCCGAGGAGCGCAGCCCCACCUGGAACGAGGAGCUGGCAUGGCCGCUGGACGCGUGUCCCCUGAGUGCCACCGACGCGCUGGCCCUGCGCCUGCGGCGAGGGGACUGCCCGCUGCCCCAGGGGUUCCUGGGCGCCGCCACAGUGUCGCUGGGCGAGCUGGCGGCCACCCCCAGCCUGCCGCUGGCCCUCGGGGACAUCCCGCUGCUGGACCACCGCGAGCGGCCCACGGGGUGCACCGUCACCCUCUGCUGCUACCACGGCCCGCGCGGGGACAUCCCCGUCACCAGCGAGCAGGACCAGGUGGCCCUGGAGCCGCCCGCGGUGGCACCCGCCGACAGGAAAGAGGAUUUCCAGGUCCGGGUGAGGGUCAUCAGGGGCCGCCAGCUGCGGGGCAAUGGCAUCAGGCCCGUGGUGCGGGUGCAGAUCGGGAAGCGCCACUUCCGCAGCCGCAGCCGCAGCGGGAACAACCCCUACUUCGACGAGGUGUUCUGUCAGAAUUUCCGCAUGACGCCCGAGCAGCUGGUGGCACAGCCCAUCCACAUCCAGGUGCUCCGUUCACCAAAUAUCUGCACAAAACCCGUCAUCGGCAUCUUCGAGCUCGACAUCGGCACCGUCUACUCUGCCCCAGGGCGCAGCCUGAGCGGGAAGUGGCUGAGCCUGCAGCACCCGCGGCUCCGCGACGGCCGCUCGCAGGGCUGGCUGCAGGUCAGCCUGGUGGUGCGCCGAGCCGGAGAGAGCGCCCAGGAGCAGGAGGUGCCGGCGGGGGACGAGGAUGUGGAGGCCAACCUGCUGCGGCCACCGCCCUGCGCCGCCACGCUGCAGAUCCGCGUGUUCCGCGCCGAGCUCCUGCCGCGGGCGGAGCCGCGCCUGGGCGGCGCCGCGGGCUCGCUGAAGGCGUCGGUGCGGGUCGGCUUUGCGGGCAGGACGCUCUGCACCCGCUGGGUGCCCGCCGAUGCCAGCCCCGAGUGGAACGAGGUUUUGUUCUUCCCCCUGCGGCUGCCCCCCAUCUGUGACGAGAUCCUGCUGGAAAUCCUGCGUGGGUCGUGCCGCAGCAAAGCCGUGGGCAGGGCCACCCUGAGGCUGUCCCAAAUCUCCCGGGACCCCGACGAGCUCGAGGAGGGGACCCCCGGGUUUUUCCCCUCCUUCGGGCCCAGCUUCCUGCCCUUCUACGGCCCCCGGGAGGACGCGGCCAGGGACUCGGGGCCGGUCUAUGGGGGCCGCCUGCUGCUGGAGCUCUGCACCCACCCGGGGUCCCCCCCCGGCCGCCCCCGCGACGCCGCGGCCCCGGUGGACGCCGAGCGGGCGCAGAGCCGCCUGCCCCGCUGCCGCCUGGGGCUCUGCGGGGUUUUCUACUCGGCCACCAUGGUGCCCGGCGGCCCCGAGGCGCUGAGCCUGGAGCUGGGCAUCGGCUCCGCCGCGGCCGCCACCGCGCCCGCCCUGCCCGCCUUCGACGGGAACCUCUACCACCACCUGCCGUGGUUCCGGGACAAGCCGGUGGUCGCUGUCACCUCGCUGUGGGAGGACGCCGGGCACCGCUGGGACAGCCUGAACCUCCUGCGAGCCCUGUGCCAGCGCCUGUGCCUGGAGGAGCAGCCCGCUCUGACCGCCCUGGACCAGCAGCUCCGGAGCUGCCGGCGCCGCCUCCUGCGGCGGCUGCGGGGCGAGGCCGGGGCCGGUGGCGGGCACGGGGACACCCUGGCGACAGUGGCCCAGGGCUGGCUGCGGCAGGCGGCCGCGCUGGCCGUGGAGCCGCAGGCCGGUGUCCCCGACGUGCAGCUGUGGCUGCUGCGGGGCCAGCUGCGGGUGGCCUCGGCCCGUGUCGCCGCCACCGAUGUCCUGCACUCGCCGCGCGGCCCCGGCGCCUGCGGCCGCCUCUGCGGGAGGAUCCUCACGCUGUUCCUGGGCUGCGGGGACAGCCAGGCGCAGGUGCGGGUCCGGCUGUGGCUGGGGCGAGUGGCCGAGAGCGGCGAGCUGGCCCCGCUGCUCGGGGGGAGCCUGCGCUUCUACAGCGAGACGUACGAGCACCAGACGCGGCUCUUGGGGAAAUGGGGUCCCCGGGGGCUUUUGGGGCGCCCCGCGUUCUCCGACAGCUCCGGCCGGGCCGCGCCCCCCCCGGACGAGCUGCGGCCCCCCACGGGCUGGCGCUGGGACGGGCCCUGGAGCGUGGAGCGGCCGCGGCGGGUGCCGGCGCAGGGCGCGGACAGCGCGGUGCUGGAGGAGCUCUACGAGAACCAGAGCCGCGACCCCAGCGGGGGCUGGGCCAGCACGGCCACCACGGACGCCGUGAGUGGGGGACAGCGCGGGGACAGCGCGGGUGACGCCGGAGCGUCGCGGCUCAGCGCCCGCCUGGUUUCGCAGAAGGGAGCGGCGGUGCCACCGAAGGAGGAGGUGGCCUGUCCCCAGGGCUGGCGUGUCACCAGUGACUGGCACGUGGACAUGGAGGGGACCGAGGAUGAGGACGGUUGGCAGUACGGGGUGGGCACGGAGGAUGGCGGCCCCCCGGCAGCGUGGCACAGCAAGGGACAGCAGUGCCACACCCUGCGGCGCCGGCGCUGGCUCCGGGUCCGCCACAGGGACAGCGACAGCUGGACACAGGAGCAGGACACGGACACCCUGGACCCCGAGGAGCUGUGGGAGGACGAGGCCUGGCAGCCCGAGUGCUUCUGGGGCUGCUCCUUCCAGCCCCCGGUCCCGGCCGGUCCCCGGUGCCGCCGGCGGCGCUGGCAGCGCAGCCUGGUGCCCGCCGAGCCCGCGGCCGUGGCGCCGCUCUUCCUGCUCCAGGGAGCCCCGGACACCGAGGAGCCGGCCCAGGACGGUGCAGCCGCGGCCCUGCAGCAGCCGCCCCUCUUCAUCCUCUGCAGCUUCCAACGGCCCGGCCGCUUCCAGCUCCGCUGUUACAUCUUCCAGGCGCUGGAUCUGGCGCCCGGCGGCUCCAGGAUCUCCAUAGAUGCCACCGCGCAGGUGUCGUUCGUGUCCCGGAGCCAGCGCACGCGGGCGGUGCGCGGCGCGCUGGACCCGCGCUGGGAGCAGACGCUGCUCUUCGCCGGGGUGCCGCUGUGCGGGGACCCCCGGGGCGUCCCGCGGGACCCCCCCGCCGUGGUGGUGGAGGUGUGCGAGCAGCGGGGACAGGGCCCCGCGGCGCUGCUGGGCCGGUGCGUGGUCGCCCCGCGGGUCUGGCUGGACGCGGCGCUGCGGGAGCCGCCCCGGCUCCAGCCCCACCCGCUGCGGGGCCCGCGGGGCGCGGCUGGGGAGCUGCUGGCGGCCUUCGAGCUCCUGCACGAGCCCGAGGACGGGUCCCCGGCUCCGCUCAGCCCCCCGCCCCUGAGGAAGGACGGGCUGGGGUUCGGCAUCCCCCCGGAGCUGCGGCCGCGCCUGCAGAGGGUGGCGCUGGAGGUGCUGGCCUGGGGGCUGCGGGGGCUGCGCGGGGCCGUGCGGGAGCCGCGGCUGGAGCUGCAGUGGGGGGAGCAGAGCCUGUGGACGCCCCCGAUCCAGGACACGGCCACCAACCCCAACUUCCCCAGCAACGCCUUCCUGCUGACGCUGGCGCUGCCCGAGGAGCAGCGCUUCGUGCCGCCCAUCCGCCUGCGGCUCUGGCACCGCGCGGGCUCCGAGCGCCGGCUGCUGCUGGGCCAGGCCAGCGUCAGGGACCUGCGCCAGUACCGCUGCCACCCGCCCGGCCAGCAGCAGCUGCUGCGCCCCGGCAGGGCCGGCAAGGGCCCUCACACGGCUGUGGGCCUGCUCGGCUGCCUGAGGAACAAGCGGGCUGAGGACGAGGAUGAGGAAGACGAGGAGGAGGAGGAGGAAGAUGAUGAUGAGGAGGAGGACGAGGAUGCAGACGAGGACGAGGAGGAAGAGGAGAGGGACUGGUGGAGCAGAUUCUACGCAUCCAUGGAGGACAAGGACCCCAAAUCCCCGUGGAGAAGCAAUGGGGACAGACUGAAGAUCUACGGCUGCGAGCUGGAGGCGGUGCCCGAGUUCCAGGGGCUGCAGGAUUUCUGCCAGACCUUCCCCCUCUGCAAACCCGGCCGCGCCGCCGAGCCCGUGGGCAGCUUCAAGGGGCUGUUCCGCAUCUACCCCGUGCCCGAGGGGGCGGGAGCGGCCCCCGCCCCGCUCUGCUUCCAGCGGCUGCCCCCGCGCCAGCCGCAGCCGUGCCUGGUGCGCGUCUACGUGGUGCGAGCCUUCGACCUGUCCCCCCGCGAUGUCACCGGCCUGAGCGAUCCCUACGUGCGGGUGGCGCUGGGCAAGAAGACGCUGGGGCAGCGGGACCAGUACGUGCCCAACACCCUGGAGCCCGUCUUUGGCAGGAUGUUCGAGCUGACGGCCACCAUCCCGCUGGAGAAGGACCUGCGGGUGACAAUCAUGGACCACGACAAGGUGCCACCGGACCAGGAGAUCGGCAGCACCACCAUCGACCUGGAGGACAGGCUGCUGUCCCAGCGCCGCGCCCACUGCGGGCUGCCCGCCCUGUACCACACCGCGGGCCCCGCGUGCUGGCGGGACCAGCUGUGCCCCAGCCGGGCCCUGGAGCUGCUGGCGGGCACCCGGGGGCUGCCCGGGCCCCGCUUCAGCCGCGGGGGCACCGCCCUGAGCCUGAGCGGGCAGCGCUUCGAGCUGCACCACUUCGAGCGGGGCCACCCCCCGGCGCGACACGCGGGGCCCCCCCGGGAGCGCCUGGCCCUGCACGUGCUGAACCUGUGCGAGCUCGUCCCGGAGCACCUGGAGACCCGCGGGCUGCAGAGCCGCGCCCAGCCCGGCCUGGAGCAGGGCAAGGUGCAGAUGUGGGUGGACAUUUUCCCCGCCAGCCUCGGUCCCCCCGGGCCCCCGGUGAACAUCGACCCCCGCAAGGCCGAGGGGUACGAGCUGCGCUGCGUGGUGUGGAACGUGCGGGACGCGGACCUUGGCGACGUCAACCUGCUGGGCCAGCGCAUGAGUGACAUCUACGUGUCGGGGUGGCUGGACGGGCUCCCCGAGCAGCGGCAGCACACCGACAUCCACUACCGCUCCCGGAACGGCAGCGGCGCCUUCAACUGGCGCUUCGUGUUCCCCUUCGAGUUCCUGGCGGCCGAGAAGCUCUGCGCCAUCCAGCGCAAGGAGCACGUGUGGAGCUUGGACGCGACGCUGCUGAAGGUGCCGCCCAAACUCAUCCUGCAGGUGUGGGACAAUGACAAGUUCAAGGCGGACGAUCUGCUGGGGAUCCUGGAGCUGGAGCUGCUGCGGCUGCCCCGCCCGGCCCCCAGCCCCCGCCUGUGCCGGGCCACGCCGCCGGAGCUGCCCUGGCUCUCCUGGCCGGUGGCGCGGCUCUCCCGGCGGCUCUCCCGGCGCUGGUGCCGCGCCCCGGCGCUGCAGCGCUCGCCGCUGAACCUGUUCCGCAGGAGAAGGGCCCGCGGCUGGUGGCCCUGCACCGUGCAGGAGGACGGCGGCCAGCGGCUCUCGGGGAAGCUGGAGCUCAGCCUGGAGCUGCUGACGGCGCGGGAGGCGGAGGAGCGGCCGGUGGGGAAGGGCCGGGAGGAGCCCAACAAGCACCCGGCACUGCCCGAGCCCAGGCGCCCCAAGUCGUCGUUCCUGUGGCUGCGGUCCCCGCUGAGCCUCGUCCUACACGGCAUCCGCUGGCGCUACCUGCUGUGGCUCGGCCUGGGGCUGGCGGCGCUCCUGCUGCUGCUGCUGAUCCACUCCUUCUUCCCGGGCUCGCUCACGGUGAAGGUGGCUGAGCCGCGCCCGCUCCCGCCGGGCACGGAGCGUCCCGGAGCGCAGCGCUGAGGAGGAACCGCCCGGCCCCGCCAUUCCCCGGCUCCGAGCCCCCUCCGGGUGGGCUCGGUGGGUUCUGCGGCCAGGAGGGAUGGCCCCGCUCCGGAGCCGCUGUCCAUCCACGUUCCCCCCUAACAAAGCCGUGUCCGAGCAGCCCCGGAGCAUCGUUCCCGUCUCUGGCGGUCGGGGGGGACACGGAC